AUGGCCUCGCAAGGCCCAGUUAUUAAAACCAUGCAAGACCUUCUGCCAGGUUCUCCAGAACUGUCAGAGCAAUCAAAGCCUUCAGAAACUACCAUAAUCUGGAAACAAACCCUGCUUCCAUCUGGUUUUCCUCCUGGUCUGGAAUACUUAAGACAGUUGGAUCAGAUUAUUAUUCACCAGCAAGUGGAGCUUCUCCAAGUUAUACUUGGAACUGAAACCUGCAGCAAAUAUGAGAUAAAAAACCACAUGGGGCAAAGAGUUUAUUUUGCUGUGGAAGAGAAUGAUUUCUUUGAUCGGAACUUCUGUGCACCAUUACGGUCUUUUACCAUAAGGAUCACAGACAAUACUGGUCAAGAGGUGAUCACUGUGAACAGACCUUUAAGAUGUAGUAGCUGCUGGUUUCCAUGUUAUCUUCAACAGUUAGAAGUUCAGUCACCUCCUGGAACUACAAUUGGCUACGUUGUGCAGAAAUGGGACCCACUGCUACCAGUAUUUACAAUCAGGAAUGGGAAUAAUGAAGAUGUGUUGAAGAUCACAGGUCCUUACGUCACAUGCGGUUGCUUUGGAGAUGUUGAUUUUGAGGUAAAAUCUGUAAAUGAUAUGUCAACUAUUGGCAAGAUUUCCAAGUAUUGGUCUGGAUUUGUCAAUAACAUAUUCACUAAUACAGCCAACUUUGGCAUUCAGAUUCCUGUGGACCUUGAUGUAAAAAUCAAAGCUGUGAUGAUUGGUGCUUGCUUUCUCCUAGACUUAAUGUUCUUUGAGAAUUCCUUGGAUGGAUUGUAA